CCCCCGGGGGGCGACCAGGAACAGAUCGGGGCGCCUCGCUGCCUCCUCCCCAGCGGGGAGGGUUUAAUCCUCCCCAGCGUAGGGCAGAGGCAGGUCUGGGAGUCCCCCCCCCCCGCGCCCCGGUCCAGCUGACCUGCCAGUGCGGGGAGACGUCAGGGGGCGGCGGGCGCCAGCAGCAGCUGUCGGGCUGCGGGAGCUGGGACCCCACCCCCGCCCCGCCCCGCCCCGCCCCGCGCUCUCACUUCGGGUGCCGCGUCUCUCCCGUUCACACUUAGCAGCGGGCGCCGGGCGCGUGUGAGAUGAGGCGGCCCGGGACCGGCCGGCUCCUGCCUUGCGCCGAGCGGCCAGGGCUGUGAGCGGGAUCCCGGGGGGAGGGGGGGCCGCUUUCCACCCCCCGCACCGGGACUCGAUGCCCAGGCAGGGAGCAUGGCAGGGAGGCGGCCGCUGGGCGCCCGCGCCCUCGCCCUGCUCCGGUGGCUGGGGAUGCUGCUGCCGCUGCUCCAGGCCGGCCAGGGCUGCCCGGGUCACUGCUACUGCUUCGCCACGCCGGAGCUGGACCAGUGCAGCUACGUGCGCCUGCGGGAGCCGCCGCGGGACCUGCCCCGCGGGGUGCGCAACCUCACCAUCGCCGGCGGCAACCUGACGGUGCUGCGCCGGGCGGCCUUCGCCGGCAACGGGAGCCGGCCGCUGGGCAACCUGAGCCUGCUGCUGCUGCCCCGCGACAACAUCCAGGCCAUCGAGGAUCGCGCCUUCCAGGGGCUGCCCGGCCUGGCGGCGCUGGACCUCAGCCACAACCCGCUGCGCGCCCUGGCCGGCGGCGCCUUCCGCGGCUGCCCGCGGCUGCGCACCCUCAAGCUCAACCGGGCGCUGCGGCUGCUGGGCGAGGCGCCCGAGGAGCCGCUGGCCGGCGCCCUGCGCAACCUGAGCCUGCGGCGGCUGGAGCUGGCGGGCAACGGGCUGCGGGCGCUGCCGGGCGCCGCGCUGCCGGAGGGGCUGGAGGAGCUGGAUCUGCGGAACAACUCGCUGCCGGGGCUGAGCCCCGAGGAGCUGGCCCGGCUGGACUCAGCCCCGCUGGGCAGGCUGCAGCUCUACCUGGGCUCCAACCCGCUGCGCUGCGACUGCGCCCUGCGCCCGCUGCUGGGCUGGAUGCGCAACGCCAGCUGGAGGGUGCCCGAUGCGCGCAGCCUGCGCUGCGCCGCCCCGCGGGAGCUGAGCGGCGCGCCUGUGUUGCGCCUCCGCCUGGAGCAGCUGGGCUGCGGGGCCGGCCGGGAGCCGGGGCCCGAGGCGGCCGGCGAGCAGAAGGAGCUGGAGACCGCCUCCUACGUGUUCUUCGGCAUCGUGCUGGCGCUGAUCGGGGUCAUCUUCCUCAUGGUGCUGUACCUCAACCGCAGGGGCAUCAAGCGCUGGCUCAGCAACCUGCGGGAGGCCUGCCGGGACCAGAUGGAGGGCUACCACUACCGCUACGAGCAGGACACCGACCCGCGCCGGGCCAGCGCCAGCCCCAGCCCCAGCCCCUCGGGGCUCUGAGCCAGAGUGCGGGGGGCCAGCUCGGCGCCAGGGGGCACUUCCAACCAGAGGGUACCCCACCCCCCAGGACAACACCCACCCGUCCGGGGAGCAGCCAGUAAAACACCCAUCCACCAACCCCCAGCUCCAGGAGAACAGCUUUUUGCCAACCCACUCAAGAUGGCACAGGAUCCAUCCUCAGGACAGUAAAACCCCUCCUACUAAGAAAACUGCACAGGAUUCCCUCCACCCCCCCCCCCCUUCCAGGCCACUGCACAGCAUCCAGUCCCCAGGAGAAUACAUCCCCUGCAAGGGGCCUGGGGAUUGUGGAUGAGAGAGCUACCCACCUUCACAUGAAUAACUGGCAUCAGAGACGGCACGGGAUCCAUCACACCCACCCUCCCACCAGUGUUCUAGGGGCAUGUGAACCUACAGGACUCUCCACAUAUAAUAAACCCCCAGAUGGGAAUUGACUGGCUCCACCCUGAAAGGCCCUUCUCUCCCCACCCCAAUGGUACAGGAAGUGUGGUAUGAAUGUACAAGGAAACACCCAGCUCCAUGCAGAAUUAACUCCCAUCCAGGACUGUGCAGGAAUCACUCCCGAAGAACCCCUCCCGUCCAGAAUCCACAGGGGGAUAUGAAUGUACAGGAUGUAGCUCAACAAUCCCUUUCAAGCCCUUCACUCCUCCAGGGUGUGUAACAGCACGUGUUCCACUGCCCUAACCGAAGAACCCUCUUCCCACGUCCCAUAGGAUGCUUCUCCAAAACCAUCGCAGCCAUCAGUGUCCAGGGAAGAAUACAUGGGUCUGACCUCGGCAAAAGAGCCUCCCAUGACCUGUGGGAGUUAUGAAUGCACAGAAGAGCUCCGUGCACACGCAACUCCUAGCUACUCCAGGAGAUUUAGGAGUUUCUUUUAGUUUUUCCUUUGUAAAAAAAGCUUCUGCAACAAGCUAGAAUACAACUCCCUGUGAAUGUACUUUGUGCACAUGGACCGUGGGGUGAGUGUUUACUUGGUGAGUUGCUGAAAGCAAUGGCCUAGAUGGUGUUAUACUUGUUUCCUGGAUUUUAUUGGAGCCCAGACUUUUACUGUGUACAGUUCUCUUUCCUAGUAUAGUUCUAACAAACACAAAACUAACUUGAUUUUUUUUUUUGCUCCAAACACAGAGGAAAAGAAAACAAAAAACCCCCAAGAAAUUAUAUGAUCUGCUGAGCCCAUUUAUUUACUAUGGUUUUUGUUCCACAAAAAUGAUGACUUCUCUCAGGCACAAAAUAAUGCUCCUGCACAACAACCAAAACUUCCCUGCAAGCUGUAUGCAUGUUGCUAAAGCACAUGGAAGCAGCUCAUUUCCGACUGCGGAGUAUAAUCUAGAGUAGACUGUCUCAGCAAUCUUCAUAACUGUAUCAAAAAAAAAGGCUCUCAAUAUCUUGCACAGGUUUGCUUCAAACUGCGCCUGUUAGUAUAUACUAGAGCAAAUACACUGAACGCUGCAUCCGGUGCAUUGUAUGGUUUCUAUAAAGCUUAUUGCAAUAAUUUCUGAAUCCGUCGUGGCUGAAGCAAUGUUGUUGUUAGGAUCCAUGUUUUGCAGAGCAAGACUGUUAGGUACUAAGUGAUCUCUGUAAAUAGAUGGUUCCAUAUACACAUCUGUGCUGUUGCUAGUUCUGUGAGAACAGAAUGGGUUUACCGGUUAGUGCACAGCAUUUGAAUUCUAAUCAUUCUGACCCAAACUUGCUGCAUGACCCGGGACAAAUGACUUCGACCAGCAGUUCUCAAUCUGUGGAUCAGGACCCUGUUUUAAUGGGGUCACCAAGGCUGGCAUUAGACUUGCUGGGGCCCAGGGCCAAAGCCCAAGCCCCAGCCAAACCUGAGGGCUUCAGCCCUGGAUGGCGGGGCUCAGGUUACAGGCCCCUUGCCCGGGGAAGAAGCCCUUGGGCUUCAGUUUUGGCCCCACCAGACUUUGGAAUUGGCCGAGGGCAGCAGGGCUCGUGUGGGUUCAGGCUUCAGUCCCUGCUCAUGGGGUCAUGUCGUAAUUUUUGUUGUCAGAAAGGGGUCGCCAUGCAAUGAAGUUUGAGAACCCCUGACUUAGACCUUAAUUUCCAAAGUGGCCAAUAAUUCUGGGUUCCUCCGAGCUCCGAUGCCUAAGUAUAGCAACAUCUUUAGCCUGCUGAGCCCCCUUGCCCGCAGCUCCAGCUAGCAAGCAGGGGAGCUGCAGGUACUCCAUAGCUCUGAAAAUCAAACUGUAGCUUUCUCUUAAGUGGGGAUCCUUAAAAGAGAGGCACCCAAAAUUAGCUGACCUGACUGAAAAUUUUGGCCUUUAACUUGGUCUGUAUUUGCCUCUCAGUCCUAUCAGGAUAAUAACAUUUACAUACUUCACUGGAGUGUUGCGAGCCCUAAUAAAUUAAAGCCUGAUCACAAUGGAGUCAACAGCAGUACUCCCCCUGACAUCCCUGGGCACAGGAUCCAGCCCUUACUGUUAAUAGCAUGCUUUGAAAUGCUUGGAAGCAAUGCAAUAUAUAUGAUUAUUGUUCUACUCUAAGGCAUUAGCAAAUCCAGGUCCAAAAUCUGCAAGUUGCUCCAUCAGGGGGGACCUUUGUGGCCACAUGACCCUCACUGAAAUCCCAGGGGGCAAUCUGCAGUGAGCAGCUCUCAGGAUAAGGAGCUAAGAGUCUCGCAGUCCUUGCUCAGGCAAAUCUCCCACUGACGGCACUGAGUAAAGAGCACAGGCUCAGUGUGAAAAGCACCCUGCAGACUUGGGACAUGGAUCCAUUCCUAUUGAAUACAAUGGCAAAAUCCCUGCCAGCUUCAGUGACACUCAUGCUCCUAAAUCACACAGAUGCUUUUGAAAAUUCCUCCUGUAGGUGCCUAAACAUGAACUUAGAAGCCCAACUUUCUGCUCCCAUUUUUAGAAGUGUCAGCCUCUCUCUGUGUUUCAUAAAUGGGGCUUUCUCACUGAACAGCUCAGAAGCCUAAGAUUAAUACUUUGACAAAAUAUGUCUACAAGUUUAUGCAGCUUUUUCAUGGCACGUGGCUUUGUCAGUUUGUGAUACGGUUUAAUCUAAUUAUGCCUGACCUGUCUGCCAGUAACUUUUUGAACAUAAUAAAUAAAGAAGGCAGAACGUUUGUGGGCGCAAAGGGCUCUUGCUUCAUGAAGCCAGAGAUCUGAGA